AUGUCGGGCAACCACAGCACCAGCGCUGGUGAGGCCCUGGAUACCAACAGUGAGGACGGACGCGGUGCGAUCACCGCCAACACCAGUGAGGUCAUGAACACCAACAGUGACGACGGACGCGACAAGAUCACCGCCGAAGACCUCGUUCUCAUCAAGCACCAAGCCUCCGACGCCAUCCAAGGAAAGUUCAAGCUCAUCUACUACGCUCACAACCCCAAGAGAGCGAUGAUCAGUCUCAGACGGCAGAGAGUCGAGAAAGAAGACUUCUUUCACAACCUUCUUACCACCCCCACGCAUAGCAUCACCACGACGCCAUUCGCUAACGCGGGCCCUUGGGUUCCUCGGAUCGCUAACAAAUCCGACCUCGGCGCAAUCAUCAUGAACCUGCCUCACCCGCCCACGCCUGUGCCGGAGUUCUUCAAGUGGUCCUUCCCGGACCGGACCAUCGAGGUGCUCACCCUCUGGCACUCUGGCGAGCGCCAGCGCCUCAACCGCAUCGCGACGGCCAUCCUGCAAGACGAGCGCAACGCCCGCUUCAACAACCCCGCCGCGCCCGCCCGCGACCCCAACGCCAAGAGCGCCCUCGAUGCCCUCGGCCAGCCGGAGCUGCACCAGCACGAAGUCCGCGGCGCCAACGGCUUCGCUCUCCUCCACCCGGUGCCCAUCUUCGUGCGCGGCGCGCGCUACCAGCACGUCCGCACCUCUCUGCCGAAGCUCGACGACUACGGCAACUACAGCGGCCGUGGCGGCGCCAAACCGGCUACCAGCAGCGAUGAGGACGUCGACGACGACGUUCACGUCGCAGUCCACGACCAGCACGCGCAGCUCGUCCUCUACUACGUCGACGACCUCGACCGCAGCCACCUCGACAAGAUGCGCGCGUCCGGCCACCACGCGUACCUCGUUGCGCGCAGCAAGGCCCGCGAAUGCCAGGACAUCGGCUUGGACGGCCUGGACAGCGACGAGUACGAGUACGUCAGCGACACGGCCGCCAGCACCGCUACCGGCUCCUCCAACGGCGAGGAGCGCAAGAUGACGAUGAAGAAGAAUGGCAAUUCCAGCGCCAAUCGCUCCGCGCUCGCCGACAUCGCGUUCAAGGUCUGGCUGCAGGAGACGUGCGACCCGGACGCCGCGACGCCAGUGGACAUCACGACCAUGGCGCAGAGCCUCAUGCGCGACCGCGUGGAGGCGGGCGAGGGCGGCGGAUGUCGCAUCCCGAAGGACGUGAUCGCCGCUGGCAGGGUCAAGAAGCUGGUCCACCCGGACCUGCGCGACGGCGUCGACAUCGACUGGAGCGACGGCGGCGCGGUGCGCAAGUACAACCGCUGGGUUGUGGAUUUCCUGGUGGGCAAGGGCGUCGAGUUCGAUGAUGGCUACAGCGAUGGCGAGCGCAAGGCGCUGAUGGAGAUUGUGGGAAUGCCCAUGCCGAAGGGCGUUGACGACAAGCUGCCUUCCGUGGCAUUGGACAAUGGCGGAAGAUUGAGUCCGCUGUUGCCCUUGGAGCGCUUGCUGAUUACGAUGGUUCGCAAGAAUCCGGAGGAGGUCGCGGCCUUCUUUGUCGGAGACGAGGACGAAGACAAGGUCGUGGACGAAAUGGAGGACAAGAUGGAGUGGCGCGGUAUGACCUGGGUCGAGGUUGCGGAGCAGUACAAUGCGCUUUGGCAUGGCUCGUCCGUCGUGAAUGGGUUCAAGCAUCGUGGACUGUGGCCCAGGCGCAAGAGGACGGUGGAUGAGCUGAAGAGCCAGGCGGGCGCCAUCUCUUCCAAGAAGAGUUCUAAGUGA